CGUGCGAGAGUUCGCCCUGCCGGAAAGCAGCACGCCCCCGCGGCAUUUUGCGACAUCGGUGGUGACAGGACCUGGGAGUGUUCGGCUUCCUCUCCGCAGCCGGGAGAAAGCCGACGCGAUGUUCAGUGCCGCGGACGAGGACGACACUGACUUCCUGUCGCCCACCGGCGGGACCAGAUUGGCUUCUCUUUUUGGACUGGACCAGGCAGCUGCUGGCCAUGGCAAUGAAUUCUUCCAGUACACAGCUCCAAAACAGCCUAAGAAAGGCCAUGUCACAGCAACAACAGGAAAUCAGGCCACACCAAAAACAGCCCCAUCCGCCACCGGCACUUCCACAGUCUUGGUUGCAACAGCAGUCCAUGCCUACCGAUACACUAAUGGUCAAUAUGUAAAGCAGGGCAAAUUUGGUGCUGCAGUCCUGGGAAACCACACAGCCAAAGAGUAUAAGAUUCUUCUUUAUAUCAGUCAGCAGCAGCCGGUUACUGUUGCUAGGAUUCAUCGGAACUUUGAGCUAAUGGUUCGGCCCAAUAACUACAGCACCUUUUAUGAUGACCAGAGACAAAACUGGUCCAUCAUGUUUGAGUCUGAAAAGGCUGCGGUGGAGUUCAAUAAACAGGUGUGCAUUGCCAAGUGCAACAGCACCCCUUCCUUGGAUGCAGUGCUCUCCCAGGACCUUGUUGUGGCAGAAGGCCCUGCCGUAGAAGUUGGAGAUUCUUUGGAAGUGGCCUACACUGGCUGGUUCUUCCAAAAUAAUGUGUUGGGCCAGGUUUUUGACUCUACUGCUAACAAAGAUAAGCUGCUUCGCCUAAAAUUAGGAUCAGGAAAAGUCAUCAAGGGCUGGGAAGAUGGAAUGCUGGGCAUGACAAAAGGAGGAAAGCGGCUGCUUUUCAUCCCCCCAGCCUGCGCAGCUGGCUCUGAAGGGAUGAUAGGCUGGACGCAGUCCAUGGACGCCAUCCUGGUGUUUGAGGUGGAGGUUAGGCGGGUGAAGUUUGCCAGAGAUUCCGGCUCUGAUGGGCACAGCAUUAGCUCCCGGGAUUCUGCAGCCCCUUCUCCCAUACCUGGUGUUGACGGCCUCUCUGCUGACCCUGCUGUGUCUCUACCCACAUCGGUGCCUUUCAAAUCAGGGGAGCCGGCUCUUCGUACCAAAUCUAACUCCCUCAGUGAACAGCUGUCGAUAAAUACAAGUUCUGAUGCAGUCAAAGCCAAGCUGAUCUCUAGGAUGGCUAAAAUGGGCCAGCCCAUGCUGCCCAUCCUUCCACCGCAGCUGGAUUCCAAUGAUUCAGAAACUGAAGAUGUGAAUGCUUUGAGAGGACCUGGGCAGCCCGUGGUGACUCCAUCCAUCCAGCCUCCUCAGCCAGCCCACCCAGUGUUACCACAGAUGACCUCACAGGCACCCCAGUCAUCAGUUUCGGGGCUCCACGCACCCUCUGCUGCCUUAAUGCAAGUUGCAUCUCUUGAUUCCCACUCAGCUGUACCUGGAAAUGCCCAGUCCUUUCAGCCCUAUGCAGGUAUGCAGGCCUACGCUUAUCCCCCAGCAUCUGCCGUCACCUCACAGCUGCAGCCUGUCCGGCCCUUGUACCCAGCACCACUCUCACAGGCGCCCCAUUUUCAAGGAUCAGGUGACAUGGCUGCAUUUCUUAUGACAGAAGCCCGGCAACAUAACACUGAAAUUCGAAUGGCUGUUGGCAAAGUAGCUGAUAAAGUGGAUCAUCUCAUGACUAAGGUUGAGGAGUUACAGAAACAUCAUGCUGGCAAUCCCGCGCUUCUUCCUAGCAUGUCAGUUACAAUGGAAACAAGCAUGAUUAUGGGCAACAUUCAGCGGAUCAUUCAGGAAAAUGAAAGAUUGAAGCAAGAGGUUCUUGAAAAGAGCAGUCGGAUAGAAGAACAGAAUGACAAGAUUAGUGAACUCAUUGAGCGAAAUCAGAGGUAUGUUGAGCAGAGUAACCUGAUGAUGGAGAAGAGGAACAACUCUCUUCAAACAGCCACAGAAAACACACAGGCAAGAGUAUUGCAUGCUGAGCAAGAGAAGGCCAAGGUGACAGAGGAGUUGGCAGCAGCCACCGCACAGGUCUCUCACCUGCAACUGAAAAUGACUGCCCACCAAAAGAAGGAGACGGAGCUGCAGCUGCAGCUGACGGAAAGCCUGAAGGAGACGGAGCUUGUCAGGGGCCAGCUUGCCCGGCUGCAGGCCGAGCUCUCAGAGCUCCAAGAAACUUCUGAACAAGCACAGUCCAAAUUCAAAAGUGAAAAGCAGAGUCGGAGACAACUAGAACUCAAGGUGACGUCCUUGGAGGAGGAGCUGACGGACCUUCGAGCUGAGAAGGAGUCUCUAGAAAAGAACCUCUCAGAAAGGAAGAAGAAGUCGGCCCAAGAGCGUUGUCAGGCGGAGGAGGAGAUAGAUGAAAUGCGCAAGUCGUACCAGGAGGAACUGGACAAACUCCGACAGCUCUUGAAAAAGGCUCGUGUGUCCACAGACCAGGCGGCUGCCGAGCAGCUGUCCGUAGUGCAGGCCGAGCUCCAGACCCAGUGGGAAGCAAAGUGUGAGCAUCUGCUGGCCUCAGCCAAGGAUGAGCACCUGCAGCAGUACCGGGAGGUGUGUGCACAGAGAGAUGCCAACCAACAGAAGCUGACACAGCUUCAGGAAAAGUGUCUGGCUCUCCAGGCCCAAGUCACAGCCCUCACAGAACAAAAGGAACAGCACACAGAGGAACUGGCGGAGAAAAAGUCCCAGCUGUCUGGGGUUAAAGCUGCUGCCGACCCCUCAGAAAAGGUGAAGAAGAUCAUGAACCAGGUGUUCCAGUCUUUGCGGGGAGAGUUUGAGCUGGAGGAAUCUUACGAUGGCAGGACCAUCCUCGGGACCAUCAUGAAUACGAUCAAGAUGGUGACUCUUCAGCUGUUAAACGAACGAGAGCAAAAGAAGGGAGAGAGCAGCAGUGAGGAAGAAGAGAAAGAGGAACUACCAGCUCGGGGACCUUCCCAGGAGCAGCCAGUCUCAGCCGGUUCUGCACUGUCUCAAGCGCCCUUGAAUAGGGAGAAGCAGGAGGCUCCCGUGGUGCCAGCGGAGCAGGUGGCCCAGGAAGCUGCCCCGCUGCCUCCUCAUGCCCUUCCCACUGCCCAGGAUGAUGUUCAGAGAAGGCAAGGGGAGCCCUCAGAAGCAGAGGGGCUCUCGCAGGUGAAAGAUGGCUCCCUUCCACCUGAACAGGCCUGCAUCCCAUCCCAAAGAGUCCUAGGGCCCCCAACUUCCAUCCCACCUAAGCCUCCAGGCCCCGUUAUUUGGGGCUCUGAGUGCGAGGAGACAGCUGCUGCCAGCCCGAUGGCAGCUGAACCUGACAGCGCAUUGGGAAAGGGCCACACUGGAGAAGUAGCCUCAGAUGGCCCCCUGCCAGAAAGCCCCACAAGACCAUCCCUGACUGCAGACCCCGAAAAUGGGGACCCACCGGCCUUAGAGCCUGAAAGCCCAGAAGGUAGGCCGCAGCCUCCAGAUUGCAGUAAAGAAGAGGAUGUCACUAGCUCCACGGGUCUCUCUGAGGAGCUAUCAGGCACAGAGGCAGGUUCUGCAGGUGCGGGAGCAGCCCUCAGACCCAACUCUUGUUCUCGGCAUUCCAGUGUCUCUGGGGAUGAAGAGGAUGAACUGUUUAAAGGGGCAACUCUGAAAGUUCCGAGACCCAAAGCACAGCCUGAGGAGGAGGACGAAGAUGAGGUGAGCAUGAAGGGACGCCCGCCCCCAACACCCCUUUUUGGAGAUGACGAUGAUGACGAUGACAUUGACUGGCUGGGAUGAAGACCCAGGAAACUGGUGCCGACGUUCCUCCACCCACGUUCCUCCUUCCCUAAGCAUGAUUUUGCACAGCCAGCCUUGGGUCUAGGCGAGCCAUAGGGUGAGCGUUCUGAGGACGACAGUUCAAGGAUCUGAGCAGCCACUUUCUGAGCCCCCGCCUGGCCUCACGAAGAGCAGCGGCAUGGCCCUGUCUUCAGAACUAGUGUUUUCAGCAGCUCAUGGGGGGCCUGCCUCCGAGUCCCAGCUGGACAAGGGCUGAUGGGUUCUCCUCCAGCCAAUCACCUACCAGAGUCCUGCCCUCUUCCAAGCUUUUUCUUCUCUUCAGUAACUCUCAGAUGACCUGGGAGCCCUCCUCCAUCGGCCUCCCAGAGUUCAGCUGUGCCCUAGCAACAAGACCUGUCACCUGGGGGCAUGGCUUCCUGGGGGAGCCAAGGAGAGAUGUUAUUUCAAUCCCUGUUAACAUCCUUGGUGACAUCCUUGUCUACAGUCCUGGGAUGUGUGUCUUUUCCUCUGCCUUAAAUCUGACACAAGGAGUCAGCGACUAUUUGAGACUAAUAAAACUAAAAUCCAUGUCUAUACUGAAACCUGACUCGAGCCCUUGCGG